AUGCCGUCAGCUCAGAACGCAGCACUCUUCCUGUCUGCUGUACUGGCAGCGUUCAUCAGUCUGGGGGAUGCCGUGCCUGCCUACAGCGACGCAGCACUCUUCCUGUCUGCUGUACUGGCAGCGUUCAUCAGUCUGGGGGAUGCCGUGCCUGCCUACAGCGGUCUGGCCGAACUCUCCGAAACAUCUGGAGACGAGGCUCAGGACGUGGAGGGAAAGAGUCCUCUGAGCGAGUGGCAGAAAUGGUAUCUGAUGGCCAGAGAUCUGCACAGAGACGUCAAGACGCUGCGAGACCAGCAGUUUGAGAGGGACUUCAGAGAGACGGAGAACAUGACGGCGUAUGAGGGAGUGAGGAUCGAAACGCCUCUCCUCGAACCCUCCGACGGCUGUCUGUCCAGAAACUUCAGCGCAGAAAGGUGUCUGAGCCGCAUUUACAGCGUCUUGACCUGGUACAAAGAGAACUGGAGCUUCAUGGAGAAGGAAAACCUGACCUGGAGCCUGGUGAAGGACAUCAAACACGGGAGCAAGCGGCUGCUGGAGGCCCUCAACAGCCAGCUGCAGAUAGCGGACGGACAGACGGAUCAGAUCUCCAGCGCUCCUCUAUCGGUCAGAUCCGCAUGGACGCGCAAGACCACGACGCAUUCGAUCCUGUUCAACUUCAGCAGCGUGAUGAUCGACACGUGCAGAGCCCUCAAUUACAUCAGCAAACACAAAGCUGCACACCGAGCAAAAGACACGAAGAGACCCGCAGACUGGAGCUCCGACAAGAACUCGUUUACCUGACUAUCCUAUUUAUUUAUUGACCUUUGCAGAUAUUUAAUUCAGGGCAUGAUAAUUUAAUAUAUUUAUGAGUCUGUGCUUUUAACUUAUUGACUGUUGUGCAACAUUGAUAUUUAUAAAUGCAAUAUUUAUGUGCCA